GGAGACAACAUGUUUGUGUUCAGUCAGUAUACAAGGCCAAGCACAAGACGUUUAGUUGACGUUCUUAGCUGCGUGUGCUUUAACUUGAUGCAGCUGAAACUAGUUUCUGCAGCGUCAGCCUGAUCUUUGACCAGUGUCCUGCUCUCACAUACUUUUCUCAAUGACUUGCAAUGCUGUGGAUGGUAUAUAUGUUAGUAUUAAUUCACUUGUGUUAAAAUAACUCCAACAAAAUAAAAUUGAAAGUUAAAGGUAAAUCAGUUGGAGUUGAUUUGAAUUGUUCAUUUGCUGACCUUUUUUGAGAUGUAUCAUUGAUUCAAUGAAGCUCCAUUGUGCUUUUUAUUACUGAUUUACUUGAUUGUGACACAAUUAUUGAUGGCACACAACCACCACAAUAAGCACACGAUUGUUUGGCUGCACUUCCCUUAAAUUUCCAAUGUCCUAGAGAAGGCUACUCGAAGCAUCUGACAAACGCUGAUCCAAUUUAAAGAUAUCUUCAACUAAAAUAAGCUUGUUUUGAUCUUGGUGCAAAGUAUGCCGGGAGCAUUGGGCUUAUGUGGAGUGAUGACAACAGCGGUAUAAAACCCUGCGCACAGACAAAUAUUGGCCAAGUGUGCACACAGAAGCUUACUUGCAGUCGGAUCUUACCUACCCACUCUAAAGUGUCCUCAUCACAAAUACUAAUAACUACCUGCAGCUAUGGUUCUAGAAGACUCUGAAAUGGAAUUAGUAUUUGAGAUCGAGGUCUCUGAACAUGAUGUGGAGACUCCAUAUGGCAGAGUCCACUGUACCAUGAAAGGAGUUCCUAAGGGUGACCGGCCUGUCAUCCUCACCUUCCAUGAUAUCGGACUAAACCAGAAAUCCUGCUUUGAAACCUUGUUCAGCCAUGAAGAUAUGCAGGAGAUUAUGCAGCACUUUGCUGUGUGCCAUGUUGAUGCACCAGGGCAGCAAGAGGGAGCUGUCACCUUCUCUACUGGAUAUGAGUACCCGUCCAUGGACCAACUGUCUGAGACUCUUCCAUCAAUCCUUAAACAUUUUGGACUGAAGAGUGUAAUCGGCAUGGCUGUUGGAGCAGGCGCUUAUAUCCUUGCUAAGUUUGCUUUGGAUUACCCUGCUAUGGUGGAAGGCCUUGUUCUUAUAAACAUUAACCCUUGUGCUGAGGGCUGGAUGGACUGGGCAGCACAAAAAAUCUCUGGUUGGACUCAUGCCUUGCCUGAGAUGAUCAUCUCUCAUUUGUUUGGAAAGGAGGAAAUCCAGCAGAACCAUGAUCUCAUUGGCAGGUACCGUCACCACAUCGUGAAUGACAUGAACCAGUUCAAUCUGCAACUCUUUGUCAAGUCCUACAACAGCCGACGAGACCUGGAAAUAGAGAGGCCUGUACCUGGUGGACAUACCAGUGUCAGAACUCUUAAGUGUCCUGCACUCCUGGUGGUUGGAGACAGUUCUCCUGCAGUUGAUGCUGUGGUUGAGUGCAACACUAAGCUGGACCCGACCAAAACCACACUGCUUAAGAUGGCUGACUGUGGAGGCUUGCCACAGGUUGACCAGCCUGGAAAGCUCACAGAGGCUUUCAAGUACUUCAUUCAAGGCAUGGGUUACAUGCCCUCUGCCAGCAUGACCCGCCUGGUUCGUUCUCGCACAGCAUCGGGUUCCAGCGUCACUUCCUUUGAUGGCAACCGCAGUCGUUCUCACACCAACGAGGGCCGUAGCAGAGCCCACACGUCCGACAACCAGCGUGGACGCUCGCACACCGACACCAUGGACAGUUCUGUGGACCAGACUCCCAAGUCCACUGAAGUGUCCUGUUAGACUGGCGACCAUAUCGCCGGUCCAAUCUCACACAUGCGUUAACCUCUCUGUUCUGACUGUGCUGCGCUGCCACUAACUACACCCGCAACAGGACUGCAUGCCACAAGCUCUGGUGUUUCCCAAAGGGGUCUUCCACCGUUUUCUUAGUCAGAGAGCAUUUACGCCAAAGUGUCUUGUAUCUAAGACUAUACUGUAGAGAAUAUCGUGAGGAAAUGCUGAGAACAGAGUGGAUGAAGAAAAAGAGAAAAGAAGAGAGUUAUUUCUUUUUAUUUGCCUUGCGCAGUGGCUUUCUUGUUAUUGUUAGAGGCAAUGCAGCACAGAGACAUACGUAAUGGUCAACAUCCAAAUAAGCUGGAGACUGAAAAGGGCACAAGUUUGUACAUUUAUGUUGAUCCUCUAGUCCGUAUUUCAUUUUCUUCUUUACAUUUCUCAUUUACUUGUCUGUAGAGUCACUCAUUGAAUAAUUUAAAUGGCAAAUUUUUGUAAAGUUAUAAUACCAGACUUUUACAUGCUAGUUUGAGUGCAUAAUUAAUUUUCUGUAUAUCUUGAAAUGGACCGCAAUGAUAGGAAAAGGGAUUUGUUGACCACAGAGAAGGUGGUAUUUUUUUCAUGAUGAUAAACUACCUUAUAAAAUUAAGGGAUAAACUCAUACUGUGUUGAUUUGCAUUUACCUUUUGGGAGUGUCCCAUUAUUGUGGGUUAUAUAUGUAACGCAAUGAUUGAUGCUCUUUUAGAGUGAUUUUUUUUCUCUUUUAAAUGUGACUGAUCAAAUAACUGUAAAUGUUUUAAAAAAAAGUCUUAUUAGUUGAAAUUCAACAAAUCCGAUCUGUAGAGAAGGAUAUAAUGCAUAACCGUUCAUGACCGAUAUUUUUGUCGUCUUUUGUUUGUAACAAUGAUUUCUAUGCAAUCAAGCACAACAGAACAAAAUGUGCCAUUGAAUCCUCAACUUGGACUGAAUGCUUUGUUCUCUCAAGGCUUUGAAAGUGUAAAGCAAUUUCUCAGAACGAGAAAGGGGUCAAUCUUAUAAACUCACCUGUUCUUUCAUGCACACUAAAACAAAUGCUUGCAGGCUCUGUAAGGCACAUCGCUUUGUAAAGAUGAAACCACCUAAUGCACUGCAUUUUAAUGGAAUAACGGUUUGUAUUUAUUAAAAAAAAAAAAGGAAAAUAAAAAGCUGGUUACUA